AUGUCUCCACCGACCUCUCCUUUGGAGCUUCUUCCCAAUGAACUCCUAGACCACAUCAUUUCCUACUUAUCCACGGAACCACCAUCAUAUGGACAAUUACACCAUGCACCGAGUUUACAACUUACUCAUUCGCCAACGAAAGAUCUAAAGCACCUUACAUUAUGCUCAUCACGUCUACUCAAGCUCGUGCGACCUUGGCUCUUCAAUCAUGUCCGCCUAAACCUUCAUGAGGAACGGGACUUCCAUUUCUUCAUCAUUAACUCAAACCUCAGCCGACAUGUACAUUCCCUCGUGGCGAUGGGGAAUGAUAUCUCAGAUCGCCCUGCCGAUCCACUUUGGUGGCGCCAAGUUCUUCGUUAUCUGGACCCAGGCCAGAUGAUAGUCAUAGCGCCGCCUACAUUCAUUGGCAAAACACUAGGCACCCCGAUCAUGAAUGCCCACAGCUGGGAAUUCGAAAUAGAAUUGCAAACCCUGGUUUUGCAACGAGAGUGCAACGUUCGUGACUCGCACGAAUUGCCCAGUCUCGAAUCUUGCACGAGUCUUCUCGCAUCGCGCCCGUGGACCUCAAUGUCCUUCAAUGAGUCUUCAUCUUUGAAAUCCUAUCACCACUACGAAUACUUUCUCUCAACCGUUCCGUCAAUCCUGGGCGAAUGGGGUGCCAAUUUGAUCCGUGGAGGAAGGCAGUUAUUUCAACCCCAGGUUGACCUGCCUGCUCUACUACAACAUCUGACAUACUUUUCCUAUACGGCCGUGUUUCCAUUCUUCAAUCACUCGCAAAUCGUACUAGAUGCUAUCCUUGGAAUGCCAAAUUUGCAGCGUCUUGAUGUACGGCUUGCACCUUGUCCCGGUAAUCAUGCUACCGAGGUAGAACAACGAGGGCCGAUGGAUCCUAAUGAUCCAUGGAUGGAACUCGCGACUUCUUAUUCUUUGGUUGGAUAUACCGUCAACAAAAUGAAAAGCUUGACGGAGUUUAGGUGCAAUGACUUGCACGUGGAGGCCAUUCGGGAUGACCUCCUCUCUAUUCUUGACAAUGUGAUUGGUGACGGGGGCUGGGUACACGAUGGGCAAGGUGUUUGGAGGCGAAAUUAG